AUGGUACAGGCUUUUUCUUUUGGAAUUAAAACUAAGACUAAACCGAAGAGUCAAAUUGAUACUAGGAUUGGGUCUCCAGGUCCCGGUGAAUACGAUCAAAGUAAAUCCAAUUAUGUGAAGGAUAAGACCCCAUUAUACGGAUUUGGUAAAUCAGCUAGACCUGGCAUUAAAAGUGAAGCUCCUGGCCCAGGAUCAUAUGAACCUAAAAAAAUGCCAAAUAACUCUACUAAAUUCAGUAUUGGAUCUAAGACAGUACACGAUAAGAUGUUCAAAAUCUAGAAUGAAGACAAACCAGGACCUGGAGCAUAUGAACAAAAGGUCAUUAAGGAAGCAACUCCAUAGUACAGUUUCGGUCUUAAGCAUAAGCAAUAAGUCAGCGAUAAUCCAGGACCAGGAUCAUAUGAUGCAAGCCUUAAAAAAUAGGAAAAAGCAUCAGGUUUUGGAAAAUCAACUAGAGACACAAUUAAAUAAUUUUCAAGUAAACCAGUAGAUCUUUCAUUACCAGGCCCUGGUGCUUAUAACUUUGAGUCUAAAAACGAGAAGGGAUUCAAGAUGGGAGCAAAAAUAUCUCAAAGAUUGAACGAAAACCCAGGUCCCGGCUCAUACGAACCUGCAAUCAAGACAGGAAGACCAUAAACAGCUACAUUCAAAAUGGGAACAUAAGAAAGAAAAACAUUCCUAAGCACUAGUCAAUCAUAGCAUGAGUUACCAGGACCAGGCAACUAUAAUAACCCCAAGGAAUUCGGAAAGGGUGUGCCCACUUAUAAGAUCGGUAUUAAGACAAAGGAAAUUUCUAAGCUUGAUGUACCAGGACCUGGUUCCUACAACCAAGCUGAUGCUCUCAAGAACAAUAAGAGUAGUUAAUCGUUUAGAUUCAACGAACAAAAGAGACCCAAUUAUUUGGUUUAAAAGGAAGAUGUGGAAAAACCAGGUCCAGGCAACUACGAUCCACCCAGUAGCUUUAGUGGUCAAAAAGGUGUUUCAAUCGGUGCAAAAUUGAAGCAGCAAUAUAAUUAGAAUCCAGGCCCUGGAUCUUACGAUCAAAAGAUUGAUUUGACCAAGGCAACAGUAACAACAGGUAGAAUUGGAGGCUAAAAGAGAAAAACCUUUAUGGAGGAAGCUCCAAAUGAUUUACCAGGUCCAGGAAACUAUGAUCAAGAGUCUAACUUAGGAAAAAGUAAAGGUUUCUCAAUGCAAGGCAAGAGAGAUCCAAAGUACAGUGAUGUACCAGGCCCAGGUUCUUAUAAUGAGAAUGCAAAUUUAGUAAAAUCAAACUCUAAAUAAACAAGAAUGCUGAGUGCUAAAAGAACUACUUUUGUCUAGGAAGCUCCUAACGAUCUUCCAGGCCCAGGUAACUAUGAUGGCAAUCUAAACUUGAUUGGAAAGGGAGGCCGUUAGAUAACAGUUGGAGGCAAAGCUCCUAGGAAUGAUGAUACUAUCAGUCCAGGUCCCGGAGCGUAUGAUAGUAAAGUUGAUCACAUUAAGAAUAAUAAUAAUUCUGUGAGAAUUAGUUCUUCAGACAGGAAGACUUACUUUGCAGGCAUUCAAUCAGGCUCUUAGUAAAAUGAUUUACCAGGGCCAGGAAUGUACAAUCCUAAAUUACCACCUGGAAGAGCAGUUGUAAUUGAUAAAAAUGAAAAGGAAAAGAGAGACGAUGGAAUGCCAGGUCCAGGACAUUACAAAGUUCCCAGCACUUUUGCAGAUGUUCCUAAGUACAAUAUGCCAAAUCAAAGCGAGGAAUUUAAAUGGGUGUGA